UCUUCUCUUCUCUUCGCCGCGGAAGAAACCCCAAUCCCCAACCCCGACGCUUCCUCCCGCCGGCGAUCGCCGCCCCCCCCCCCCCACGAAGCCCCCCGCGACCACCGCCUCCGAUCCGGUGAUCUUGUGUUAUUACCACAUGAUUGUUGUCUCUAAAUGAUUCUAUGGGUGCCCCAAAUGAAGUGACAUCGUACUCUUCCCUCUCCAAAAUUGAUAACAGCAAUCAGGGAGGUCAUAUAUCUAGUCUAGUACCAGCAAACAAUUACCCAGCGCACGAUUAUCUCUAUGAGCCAUCCCUGGAGCCAGACUUCCCAUCAGAGUAUGAUUCUAGAGAAGAUCCAUUCGUUCCAACACGAGCUAGUUCAAAUAUCAAUUUGAAGACUGUCCUAACUGGGCUGGCUGCUAUUGUUUCGGGCACAAAUAAGAGCCAAGAUAAUACAUUGCAGCAGCAAAGCUUAAGCACAGAUGUUUCAUUUCUAGGAUUUGACAAGGAUGGUGAUGUUAGCGUGCAUCCAUCUGUAUGUGUUCCUAGUGCGCCGCCACUAAUUGAAACAAAUGCUUUACAGUACAGUGCAUACAGGGAGGUGUUACUGGCAGAUCCUCCAGAAUGGUUACCAGAUAGCUCUACUAAUGUGUGCCUUCAAUGCAGUUCUCCUUUCACAGCACUGACUCGUGGAAGGCACCAUUGCCGAUUCUGUGGAGGUAUAUUCUGCAAACAUUGUUCCAAGGGAAGAUGUUUAAUGCCCAUGAAGUUCAGGCAGCGUGAUCCUCAGAGAGUGUGUGAUGCUUGCUACGAUAGGCUAGAUCCACUUCAGGGCAUAUUGAUCAACUACAAUAGCAAUGCCAUGCAACCAGCAAAACAUGAUGUUAUGGAUUGGACAAGCACGAGAAGCUGGUUGAACUUGCCUGUUGGUUUAUCAAUGGAGUAUGAGAUAUACAAAGCAACAAAUACGAUAAAUAAAUAUUGCCAGGUUGCUAGAUUAAACCCUGAGAAGUCCAUCCCAUCAUCUAUUCUUAAGGGAGCUAAGGGGCUUGCUGUCCUAACUGUUGCCAAGGCGGGUGCUGUUGUUACAUACAAAGUUGGCACUGGCCUUGUAGUUGCCCGUAGAUCAGAUGGAUCAUGGUCUGCUCCGUCAGCAAUUGCAUCCAUUGGCCUGGGAUGGGGAGUUCAGUUUGGAGGUGAACUGACAGACUUCAUAAUUGUCCUUCAUGAUCGUAAAGCUGUCAAGGCAUUUAGUAGCCGCAUGCAUCUUUCUCUUGGGGCAGGAAUGAGUGCAGCGGCAGGACCAAUUGGCAGGGCCUUGGAAGCGGAUGUAAGGGCCAGUGAAAAAGGUUCUGGGAUUUGCUACACUUACAGCUGUAGCAAAGGUGCCUUUGUGGGUGUCUCACUGGAAGGAAAUGUCGUGACAACCAGAUCAGAGACCAAUCUUCGCUUCUACGGCGAUGCUUACUUGACCACAAGCGAUAUCCUGUUUGGGAAGGUGGACAAUCCCAGAGCUGCCCAGCCCCUGUACUCAGCUCUAGAUGAUCUAUUUUCUAAAAUGGUUUGCUAGUUCUUCUGCCUGUUC